CCGGUGCGCCGCGAGGGCUCGGGGGACAGCCACGCGAGAUAAGGCGGCCUAGGGCGGCAGUGCCAGCAGCUCGGCGCCUUGGGGACCGACACCCGAUCGCGCCACCGCGGGAGGAGCCCGGGUGCCGGGCCGAGGCUGCUCCGGGAAUGCUUUCAGGCGGCACAAACAUGGCUGCGGCCGUGCGAGCUGCGAGCGCCCUGCUCCGCGAUCGGCUGGUGCAUGGCGGCCCGAGGACCUGCCAGCCAUGGAGGGGCCAGUCGAUUGGAGCCACGGCGGCCGCUGCCACAGAAACAGCCCAACGUGGCAGAAGCCCAAAACCACAAGUUCAGCCGGGGAAGAGGAAGCCCAAAACUGGAAUAUUAAUGCUAAACAUGGGAGGCCCUGAAACCCUGGGAGAUGUUCACGACUUCCUUCUGAGGCUCUUCUUGGACCGAGACCUCAUGACGCUUCCUAUUCAAAAUAAGCUGGCACCAAUCAUCGCCAAACGCCGAACCCCCAAAAUUCAAGAGCAGUACCGCAGGAUUGGAGGUGGGUCUCCCAUCAAGAUGUGGACCUCCAAGCAAGGAGAAGGCAUGGUGAAGCUGCUGGAUGAGUUGUCCCCACACACAGCCCCUCACAAAUACUAUAUUGGAUUCCGGUACGUCCAUCCUUUAACAGAAGAAGCAAUUGAAGAGAUGGAGAGAGACGGGGUAGAGAGGGCUAUUGCCUUCACUCAGUACCCACAGUACAGCUGCUCCACGACAGGCAGCAGCUUAAAUGCCAUUUACAGAUACUAUAACGAAGUGGGAAAGAAGCCUGGGAUGAAGUGGAGCACCAUUGACAGGUGGCCCACACACCCCCUCCUCAUUCAGUGCUUUGCAGACCACAUAGUGAAAGAACUGGACCAUUUUCCACUUGAGAAGAGAAGUGAGGUGGUCAUCCUGUUUUCUGCUCACUCACUGCCGAUGUCUGUGGUCAACAGAGGGGACCCGUAUCCUCAGGAGGUGGGUGCCACUGUGCAGAGAGUCAUGGAUAAGCUGGGUUACUCCAAUCCCUACCGACUGGCUUGGCAGUCUAAGGUUGGUCCGAUGCCCUGGCUGGGCCCUCAAACAGAUGAGACUAUCAAAGGGCUUUGUGAGAGGGGGAGGAAGAACAUUCUUUUGGUUCCAAUAGCGUUUACCAGCGAUCACAUUGAAACGCUGUAUGAACUGGACAUCGAGUACUCUCAAGUCCUAGCUAACGAGUGUGGAGUUGAAAACAUCAGAAGAGCAGAGUCUCUUAAUGGAAAUCCAUUGUUCUCCAAGGCCCUGGCCGAUCUGGUGCUGUCACACAUCCAGUCAAACGAGCUGUGUUCCAAGCAGUUGACUCUGACUUGUCCGCUCUGUGUAAAUCCUGUCUGCAGGGAGGCCAAGUCCUUCUUCGUCAGCCAGCAGCUGUGAUCCCCGCCAGAGGACCCCAUGGGAUUAGGCAAACGCCCAACCCCAGCUGCCCCUGUUGUGGAGGAGAUGUAUUUAGAGGUCAAGGAAGAAGGUUUCACUGGUAUCUGUACAG